AUGUCAAGUUCAAAAGUUAUUGUUAUAGAGAGACCUGAAAAAUCUAAAAACUUUAGCCAUGAUGAAAUCAGCAAUACAUGUGGCAUGAUAAAAGCAGAAAUCAUACUUUCUAGAUUACGUAAAGCCAAAGAAUUAUCCUCUGAUUCUCAUCUAAUCAUUGUUGAUAUGAGAGAGACGAGGCUAUACCAAUCUGGUCAUAUACUUACGGCUCGUUCAGCAAACUGUUACACAAAAACUAUGGCUAAACGAGCUAUCCAGUCAUGGGAUAUUUGGUAUACAGAAACACAUGGAUGCCCUGCACCUUAUAGAGAAUCUCCAGUGUCAUUUAUUUCACAAAUAUCACUGGUUAAACCUGCUAUUGUGGUUUAUGAUCAACUUAGUGAUUUUGUAUCCACUUCAACACUUAAAGAUAAAAAAGUUCGAGCUGAAUUGCAUUUUAUUUCUGCUCUACUAGCUCGAGGAAAUCGAGUUUACAUGAUUGAUGGAGGUUUUGAAGCAUUUAGAAGUCUUCAAGAUGCCCAUGAAUUCAUUGAUCGAAAUAUACCACUUUUUAUUAACUAUAUAACUACUGAUGAUAGUUCUUGUUCCGAUGCUGCAUCACCUUCAUUAAGUGAUAAUUCUGAAGCUUCAUCAAUUGUAUCACGUGUAUUCAAUGAUAAUGUAAUUUCUUUAAAUGAUGAUAUUUCAUGUUACAAAUUAGAUAAUUUUGAAUCAAAUGAUACAGAAAAACUUAUUUCUUGUUUAAAAGAUUGUUCACGUGAUGAAACAUUAGUUGUACGAAUUAAACAAACACCAUUACGAGUAAAUGAAAUACAACAAAAUAAUGAUGAUGUUUUAAGUGCAAGUAUUUCACAAAUUCUACCAUUUUUAUAUUUAGGUAAUGCACGUGACUCGCAAGAUGUUGAUCUGAUUAGACAAUUAAAUGUAACACAUAUAAUUAAUGUGACAGAUUCAUUGCCUAUGCCAUUCAGAAAAUUAAAUCGGAUACAAUAUUUACAUAUACCUGCUUCAGAUACGACAAAACAAAAUUUACUCCCAUCUUUCGAUCGAGCUGUACAAUUUAUAGAAAAAGCAAGAAAGCAUAAUGGCAUCGUUUUAGUUCAUUGUUUAGCUGGUGUUUCUCGAUCAGUUGCAGUUGUCAUUGCUUAUUUAUUAUACAAUAAUCGUGGAUUAAAUGUUUAUAAAGCAUUAGAAUUUGUACAAGCACGUCGUUCUGUAGCUGGACCAAAUUUACAUUUUAUGGGACAACUUCAAGCUUAUUAUCAUGAUUUACAUAGUCGUAAAUCAAAUAUUUUCACUGAUAAAUUCAAUAUGAAAUCUAAAGAUAAAUUAACAAAACGUAAUAGUGCAGAAAAUUUAACUGGUAAAUUAAAAAGAAACAAUCUACCUCGUAGUGUAAGUUUAUCAUCUAACUGGAUUCAAUCACAAUCACGUUCUUCUUCUGUAUUAUGUAAAGUUUCUAGUUCAAGUAAUGCUACUACACCAGGAUAUGUUACUUCAACAUUAUCCAUAUAUGAUUUGGGUAAUAUUAAAAUUAAUAGUAAAAGAUCUAUGAAUUCAACAUGGUCUGUAAGUACAACAUGUACAAGUCGUAAACGUUCACUUGUUCGUAAAUGUUCACAUGAAUCAGAUAAAACAUCAGUGAUACCAAUUAAAACUCAAAAGUAA